CACAAUUUCCCCAUAAAUUUCAGAAAAAUUAUCUCAAUCUAAUCUUCUUCUACGUUUCUCACAUUUUUUUUCAAUGGCGUCUCUCUUAAACCCUUCUACUCUUCUUCUACCCACAAAACCCUUUCUUCCCACUCGUUCCCGACUCACUUCUUCACCUACUCUGCGAGUUAACUCACUGACUCACCGUCUUCCAUCACCAUCGACUCGUCCUCGUCGAGUUAUCAAAGUUGCAGCAGCACUCGACAGUGAUUAUUCAUCCAAGAGGAGUAGCAGCAAUGAGCAAAGGGAAACGAUAAUGUUACCUGGUUGUGAUUAUAACCAUUGGCUUAUCGUUAUGGAGUUCCCUAAAGACCCUGCUCCAACAAGAGAACAAAUGAUUGAGACCUAUCUUAACACUCUUGCUACUGUGCUUGGCAGCAUGGAAGAAGCAAAGAAGAACAUGUACGCUUUUAGCACCACUACAUAUACGGGAUUCCAAUGUACCGUUUCGGAAGAAACCUCGGAAAAGUUCAAGGGAUUGCCCGGGGUUCUUUGGGUUUUACCGGAUUCAUACAUAGACGUCAAAAACAAAGAUUAUGGAGGUGAUAAAUAUGUCAACGGGGAAAUAAUUCCAUGCAAAUACCCUACUUAUCAACCAAAGGCAAGAAAAGAAUCCAAAUACGUGAGCAAAAAAUACGAGAGACGAAAAGACGGCCCUCCUGCAGGACAGUUCCGACCAAAGCAAGCAGCAAGUCAGUCGGAAUCAUCGUCUUGACAAGGUACUAGAAAUGCUGUUUCGAGACUACUCAUAGUUAUGGUGGUCUAAAGUCCAGUUUUUCAUCAUGCAACUUAUUUUCUCUCGUUUGUUAUUCAUCGAUGUUUCACUGUUAGGACCGGUAAAUGAUAUUCGAGCUGAUAUCAAGAUUUUGCAUGUUAUUAAAAUACAUGUUCUGCGAUGUCAUGUAUCUGUAAAGUCUUUGUAGUAGUUUCAUGAAAAACCGAAACCGACCCAUACGAGCUUGUGAUCUGAAUUUCAUCGAUAUGACAUCUAAGGUUUAGGGUUAUCUUCGAACGUGCAUCAGAUUUAUUUUGCCAUUUAAACUUUCAGUAAUGAGAUGGAUUUUGGUUUACAUUA